AUGUUGGACGCGUUGCCCAGGGCUGAGAAGCUGCCGCCAAAAAAGACGCAGCCUCGUCUCACGUGCACCUUUCCUUUGGCAAUCUGGCCGAAUUCACGCGAGGCGAGGCUCUCCUAUCCAACGCGAGAUAUCAACCACAUCAACCGCAUCCCAAUUGUCAAAGGCACAAAAAAGAAGAAGAGUGAAACAAUGCGAUCGAUACUUCCCCUCCUUUCUCUGGGCGCCCUGCUCGCCCCCGUUCAAGCGUUAUACUUCUACAUCGACGGCACAGCGCCGAAAUGUUUCUUCGAGGAGCUACCCAAGGAUACCUUGGUAGUAGGACACUACACAGCAGAGGAAUAUGACGAGAACCGAAAGACAUGGAGUAAACAUGACGGACUGAACAUUUUUAUCUCUGUUGAUGUAAUAAUCCCCUUCCUUCAACCCCAUACCAAAUAAAACAUCUACUAACAACCCUCCCAGGAAGUCUUCGACUCCGACCACCGCGUGGUAUCUCAAAAAGGCUCCAGUUCCGGCCGCUUCACCUUCAGCGCCGCCGAUUCAGGCGACCAUAAGAUUUGCUUCACGCCCUCGUCUACAUCCGGGAACUCGGGCUGGUUGUCUGUUCUCCAUCCCUCGGGCGGUAUCAAACUCACUCUCGAUUUGGUGAUUGGAGCUACGAGUGCGAUUGAGAGCACAGAUAAAAGCAAGAUCGACGAUAUCGUACAGAGGGUGAAGGAUUUGAAUGGGAGACUGCAGGAUAUUCGACGGGAGCAGGUAUUCCAACGGGUAUGUUAUAUCUUUGUUUCUUUAUAUCUGGCUGAAGGAUUGGAUAUGGAGGAUUUGGAUGGAUUCUUGGAUGUCUUUACAUUGCCAGAUAAUACCGAUUCUGGAAGUAUACAAACAGAUACUAAUGAAGUGAAAUAGGAACGAGAAGCAGAAUUCAGAGACCAAUCCGAAACCACCAAUGCCCGUGUAGUCCGUUGGACCCUCAUCCAACUCGUCGUCCUAGGCGUAACCUGUGCCUGGCAACUCACCCACCUCCGCGCCUUCUUCAUCAAGCAAAAGUUAACUUAGACCCCCAUUCGCUAUACGUCGAAGGUUUUUCGAAUUUGGAGGCUAUGUUUGUUUACUUAGUUCAGUUGAAGGUCAGCAUUGAAUGAGGACCUAUACAUGUUUCUUCUUUAUCAUGGGAUGAGGUGAGGUCAGGUUAGGUUUGGCAUGUCUUUCAACGAAUGAGACGAAGAGAAGAGACCAAAUGACCUACCUCCUCCAUUGUAAGAUACUGAAUGAGGGGUGGUAGUUUUGGUUCGGGG